AUGAAAUUCGUUGACGAAUGCCAAAUUGAAGUGCGCGCCGGGCGCGGUGGUGACGGCGUUAUUUCGUUUCGACGCGAGAAAAAAGUUCCCCGGGGCGGACCUGACGGCGGUGACGGCGGUCGCGGCGGCAACGUCUUUUUGCGCGGUGAAAGCGGACUCAACACGCUCGUUCAUCUCCACCAACUUAAGAUUAUUCAGGCCGAGCAGGGUUCUAGCGGCCAGUCCAAGAACCGAACCGGCGCCAGCGGUCAAGAUCUAGUCGUGAAAGUGCCGCUUGGCACGCUUGUUUACGAGCGGGGAAAACUGGUCCACGACGUGGUAAGUUCGGAAAAUUACCUAGUGGCCCGCGGCGGAGUUGGUGGCCAUGGCAACGCCCGGUUUAAGUCGGCUCGCAACCCGGCUCCGCGACUUUGUGAAAACGGUCGACCGGGCCAAAAACGCCGCCUCGAUUUGAGUCUUAAAGUUUUGGCCGACGUGGGACUAGUCGGACUGCCUUCGGUCGGCAAAUCGUCUUUGCUGGGUCGGCUUUCCAAAGCGAAAGCCAAAGUGGCUGAUUACCCUUUUACCACGCUCGUACCCCAACUUGGCCUGGUCAAAGUCGGCGAUUUUUCGUUUGUGCUGGCUGAUCUGCCGGGUUUGAUCGCCGGAGCGAGUCAAGGCAAAGGUCUUGGUCACGCCUUUUUAAAACACAUCCAGCGAACACGGGUGAUUUUGCACGUGCUUGACCUUGGUCAAGCCGACGAUGACUUGUCAAAGAACUACCAAACGAUUCGUAACGAACUGACUAGUUUUGACCAGCGCUUAGCCGACUUGCCCGAGUUAGUCGUGGCUAACAAAAGCGAUUGUUCCGGCUUUGAAAAACGUUUUAAGACGCUCGUGCAAAAGUUGGGACCAGACCAAGUUUUGGCUGUUUCGGCUAAGACCGGCGCCGGACUUGAAACGCUCAAAGCCCGCGUGACCGCGCUUUUGGAAAAAAAUCGCUCAACCGCUCAGGACCAGGGCGAGGAGUUAGCAUUGACGAUUGAACUUGAGCAAACUAGCGAGCCGACUUUGGUCAGACGGACUGGUCCAAACAGCUUUGCGGUCACAGGCAGCGAGGUUGAAAAAGUUUGCCAGCGCAUUCCGCUCAAUUCGCUCGACAAUAUCCGGCGUUUUAACCGCAAGAUGCGCCAGCUCGGCGUUUGGGAUCAGCUCGCCAAACUGGCGGCUAAGCCGGGUGAUAGCGUGAGCAUUUUCGGCCACCAACUGACUUGGCAAAGCGAUCCUGAUUUAUAA